AUGCAUCCUCUGUUUCUCCAUUCUUCUUCCUCCUCUGCUCUGUUUCUACUUCUUCUCCUUCUCCUCACUCUCCAAACCCUAACCUCCAUCUCUCUCUCUCAGCCGGAAGCUCUCCGUUCACCGGAAAAGUGUGGAAACUUCUCCAUCUCCUUCCCUUUCCAUCUCUCCUCCCCUUCCUCCUCCUCCGUCGCUUUCCAUCUCUCCUGCGAAAACUCAUCAACUCUGUUUCUCCACAUAAACCACCAGACCUACCGAAUCAUCGAAUUCUUCACCGACGGUCUCCUCGUAGACUUCCCUUCUUCUCCUUCUUGUCGUCAAUUCAACGACUUACGCUCUUUCCCAUUCUCCGCAAACCAAUUCUUCUCCAUCUCUUUCGAAAACGUAAUCGGCCUUUACGACUGCGAAGAUUCCUCUCUCUGUAAAGCCGGCUGCGAAACCAACGACCUCUUCGGCUGCGAUGGCAGAGAAGAAGACGAAACCUCCGGCGGAGAUAUCGGUUGCUGCUACCCUUUGUCCGAUCACAGUGCGUGGCGUGCCGGCGAAGAUUUCUCUGUUUUUGGUAAAUAUGGAUGCAGAGGAUUCUCUUCGUGGGUUGUUCCGAGAGGGACGAACAGAGGAAAACGAGGAGUUAAGUUAGAAUGGGCGAUUCCGAGAAACUCUUCCGAGGCUAUCUGCGAUCGUGAGGCUCGAACUGUCAACGCUACGGCUAUUCAAGCAAGUGUUCGAUGUGUGUGCCGAGAUGGGUUCAUCGGCGAUGGUUUCUUCCAUGGAACAGGUUGCUUAAAGUCUUGCUACAGAGAUGGGAAGGAAGUAUAUGGAGACAAAUGCGAGAUCAAGAAACACAACGGGAAGAAACUCACCGUUUUAGCCGGAGUUUUAGCUCCUCUCUUCAUACUCGGAUCACUCUUAGCACUCUUCUGUCUCCUAAAACGUCCAGUAACAACAACUCACAAUGAUCAACAAUUCGAUCUCUCUACGAGAACAACUACUACAAGUGUUUCGUUUCGGAAAGGUUACAACAAGACUCGUCUCUUCACAUACUGUGAGCUAGAAGAAGCCACCAAAGGGUUUCAAGAAUCACAGAAACUCACACAAGGCAAGACCGGAACAAUCUACUCAGGCAAUCUAACAAACGGAACACGUGUGAUCGUCCACAAGGUUCUCUGCGAAAACCAGAUUGAAUUCUUGGAGAUUUCGUCUCAGAUUGAUCAUCUAUCAGCGGUUCUGCAUAGAAACCUCGCCAGAAUCAUAGGUUACUGUAUGGAUAUUGGACACAAUCCACUCGUUGUUUACGAGUAUCCUGUAAACGGAUCGCUUGAAGAUCGAUUGCGUCUAGGGCUUGACUGGUGCAAGAGAGUUAACAUUGUAGCUGAAGUGGCUGGCUUACUUGCUCUGCUUCAAUACGAGAACUAUCCACCGAUUCUUCACAACCACAUUGGUUCUGGUUACAUCUUCUUAGACGAAGAUUUUCAAGCUAAAGUCACAGGUUUUGGAUUACAGAGGAAACAGAGGAUUGAUUGCAGUAUGUACGAUUUUGCGGUUUUGCUUCUGGAGAUUGUGACUGGAUUGAAACAGAAAGAAGAGACGGUGACUCAAGCGUUACAGAGGAUUAGAAGCGGUAAGCUUGAAGAGAUCGUGGAUCCUUGUUUGUAUUUUCAUGAGCAGCCAGUGGCUUUGAGGGAGCAGAUUGGUCUAGUUGCUGAUAUCGCAACCCGGUGCGUUUUGUUCGGUGGUGAUGGGAAAUUUGGGGUGGUUGAUGCGGCUAGAGAGCUGUUACAGAUCGCUGGAAAUAACGGUGGGGGCGGUUGCGAUAAGAAAGGAGAUGGAAUAGAGGAAACGUUUUCGAAUUCGAGCUUGCUUCAGAUGAUUUCUAUGUCACCUGAUUCUAUCUACCUCCCUAAGACCUAA